AUGGUAGGACCCGAACGCCCGCAAUUUGUUCUAUUUGGAUCCUCCAUUGUGCAAUACGGGUACAGCCAUCAAGGCUGGGCUGCAAUCCUCUCUGACAUCUAUGCCCGCAAGGCUGAUAUAGUGUUGCGAGGAUAUGCUGGUUGGAAUUCAAGACGAGCUCUUCAAGUCCUAGACAGAGUUUUCCCUAAGGAUGCAGCAGUGCAGCCUUCGCUGGUCAUUGUUUAUUUUGGUGGUAAUGAUUCAAUGAAGCCUCACCCAACAGGGCAAGGUCCUCAUGUUCCUCUUGCUGAAUAUGUGGAGAACAUGAGGAAGGUCGCCCUUCACAUCAGGUCCCUUUCGGACAAAACUCGGCUACUCUUCCUUAGUGCUCCACCGGUGAAUGAGGCACAGAUUUGUGAAGUUUUCGGUGGAACACUUGAUGUUCUCGGUCGGACAAAUGAAUCUUGCCGAAUCUAUUCAGAAGCUUGCAAAAAGCUGUGUCGAGAGUUGGAUGUUAAGGUCGUUGAUAUGUGGACUGCACUCCAACGGCGUGGUGAUUGGUUGGAUGUUUGCUUCACGGAUGGAAUUCAUUUCACGGCCGAAGCAAGCAAGAUUGUGGUGAAGGAAAUACUCAAAGUUCUCAAAGAGGCUGAGUGGGAACCAUGUCUGCAUUGGAGGUCAUUGCCAACUGAAUUCUCUGAUGAUUCAACCUUUGAUGUGGUUAGUGCUGAUGGUAAAACCACAAAUUUCUCCGAUGCGAAUCUGCACUGGGAGACCGCUUGGGACUAG